AUGACGAUCCUUCUAACCCAAAACCUGGGCAAGAUCCGGGGGCGAGAUAGUAACCAAGUGACCCAAUUCCUAGGCAUCAAGUACGCCACUCUCAACGACCGACUCGCAGAUGCACAACUCAUCGAAACUCGCGGAGGGGACGUGCUCGACGCGACCAAAGAUGGCCCGACGGCGCUGUCCCCGUCGUUCGGAUGCGACCUGGAGCUCAGCAUCAUCCAGCAUACACUGCCCAAGAAGCCUCUCCCCCAGUCCGACGUCGACUGUCUGAACUUGAACAUUGCCAUCCCGAGUGACACCACGACCGAUGCUCGUCUGCCGGUGUUUGUGUUCAUCCACGGCGGCGGGCUGUUCAUCGGGGCCAACUCCUGGCCGCAGUUUGAUCUCGAGCGGCUGGUCGCGCUGUCGGUAUCGAACAGGCUGCCUAUUGUCGCAGUGUCCAUCAACUAUCGACUGGGCAUGUUCGGGUUCAUGACCUCGGAGGAACUGCGGAACGCCGGCUACAAGGCCAACAAUGGCCUGCGAGACCAGCGGGUGGCUUUGGCUUGGGUGCGCAGGCACAUCGGUGACUUCGGAGGCGAUCCGGACAACAUCACUCUUGCUGGAAUGAGCGCUGGCGCGGCAUCUGUCGCCUGUCACCUCGAGUCCGAAACGCCUCUUUUCAAACGAGCCAUCAUGAUGAGCGGAAAUCGCUUCUUCUCGCCCAGCCUACCCUACGGGGCUCACGAGCAGAAAUACGAGCAGGCAAUGGCGGCAUUGGGCUUGGCGGAUGCCUCACCCGAAGAACGAAUCGGUGCCUUGCUGAAGACUCCUGGGGAAGAGUUGGUCGCCAAGGUUCCUCCGUCCCUAAGUCCGACGUUUGCAGUGGAUGGAGACCUGGUUCCAUCCGCGAUCACUUACUCACAGCUGGCGGAUAGGACCAACCACAUCCCCAAAGGCAAGGACUGGUGCCAGGACUUGAUGGUUGGAGAUGCCCAGAUUGAUCAGAUCUCGCUCAGGUACGGCAUAACUAAGGACUUAGAUGACGAGCACGCCUUUCUUGCCAUUCUCGAGUUCUUGAACGACGUUUGGAUGUUCGCUCCCUCAUUGGCAUCUGCACAAGGCUGGAAGGGACGCGCAUUUGUCUACUACUUCAACGAAGGUAACCCAUGGGACGGCGCAUGGCAAGGUCGAGCUGGGCACAUUCUGGACCUUGCCUAUCUCUUCCAGAAUUUCCGUGAGUCUCUGUCGCCUGCACAGCAGAAAGUCAGCUCUGCGAUUGCGGAGGACUUUUUCAAGUUCUGCCACGGCAUCCAGCCGUGGCCUCCGGUUGUUGACGGGAACCUUGAGGGUGGAUUUACUGCUCGAGUAUACGGCCCUAGCUCGCAAGAACCUGCGAUCCAGCAAGUCGACCAACCUUUUGGCGGGAAAAGCCAACGUCGCUCCACAGUCUUUGACCUCGGUGACAAGAUCUCUCUUGAUGAACUAUCGAGAAUCGCUACCAUGUUCACUGCAGGGCAGUAG